UUAGUAAUGCCUAGUACAUUUCUGCUGCGAUAGAUCAACAAUGCUUUCCUUCUUUCUACUGGCUUAAUUAGCCAUUACAGCACAAGCAGACAAACAUGUACCGCUGCAUUAUAAGGAGGGUGUGUAGCGGAGGAAGAGUGUGUCCUGCCUUUGUGCCUCCUUACACCCAGUCACCAUCAUGGACGCUGGGAGACACACCAGAGGAGAGACAUCACAGGCUGGCCCAGCAGCGUCGGCAAUGUUCGCACCGCAGCAUGAGCUCUGCAUCCAGGAGGAGGAGAGCUCUGCGCAGCGCCUUCCCGGUGCUGGAGCAGCCUCUCCAGCCCAUCCACCAUCAUGUGUAUGAAGCUAACCUCCGAAACAGCAACGCCUGCCACAACAAGUACAUGGAGUUGAGUGAAAAGAUAAGGAAAGGUGGAGGGGAGAAAGCCAUCGCCAGACACACUCAGAGAAACAGGAAGUUGCUGGUCAGGGAUCGGUUGCGCCUCCUGCUGGAUGAUGAGGACUUCCUGGAGCUGUCUCCAUUCGCUGGUCUCGGUCUGCCGUAUGGGGACAUCCCUUCUGCCGGCUGCCUGACUGGCAUUGGCAGGAUCAACGGCCUGUGGUGCGUGUUUAUAGCCAACGACGCCACAGUAAAAGGUGGCACAGCGUAUCCCAUCACGGUGAAGAAGCAGCUACGAGCACAGGAAAUAGCAAUUCAGAACCGCCUGCCCUGUGUUUACCUGGUUGACUCGGGAGGAGCUUUUCUACCACUGCAGUCAGAGAUCUUUCCCGAUAAGAACCAGGGAGGAAGGACGUUCUAUAAUGAAGCCAUCAUGUCUGCCAUGAAGAUCCCACAGGUGGCGGUGGUGUGCGGGUCAUGCACGGCGGGCGGAGCUUACAUCCCCACCAUGGCAGAAGAGGCGGUGAUGGUGCACCGGAUAGGCACCAUAUUCCUGGGAGGACCGCCACUCGUCAAGGCCGCCACAGGAGAGGAAGUCACACCAGAAGACCUGGGAGGAGCCAGGCUUCAUGCCGAGGUGAGUGGCUGUGUCGACCAUUUUGCCUGGGAAGAAAAGGAGGCGUACGAUUACACCAGAAACAUUGUGUCCACCCUCAACUUCCGACUGCCCGAGGAGGAGGAAGAUGAGGAGGAGCCGCUGUAUAAUUCAAUGGAGCUUCUGGGGCUCGCUCCUAAAAGUUAUAACUACAGUCUGGAUGUUAAAAUGAUGGUCAGUCGGCUGACAGACGGGGGCCGCUUCCAGGAGUUCAAAGCUCGCUACGGGACCACACUCGUCACUGGCUUUGCAAAGAUUCACGGCCAUUUGGUGGGAAUAGUGGCCAACAACGGAGAGCUGUCAUGCCAGGCCGCACUGAAAGGAAGCCAUUUUGUCCAGUUGUGUGACCAGAGAGACGUCCCCCUCCUCUUCCUCCAGAACACGGCACCCACAGCAGCUCCAACACUCUCCACAACGCAGGCCGAGGUGAGCAGUAACCGUCUCAAGGCUCAGGGUUCGAUGAUGUCAGCAGUAGCGUGUGCCUCCGUCCCCAAAAUCACUGUGGUGAUUGGUGGUUGCCACGGUGCCGACAGCUACGCCAUGUGUGGGCGGGCGUUUGAACCUAACUUCCUGUUCCUGUGGCCCAACGCCAGAGUGUCGAUGACGGCUCCGGGUCACGCCGGCUCGCUGCUUCCCCCCGACAGUGAGCAGGAGGAAGAGAAAAAGCAGGAGGAUAAGCUAAAUAGGAGACUGGAGGAGGAGAGCUCUGCUUUCUUCUCCUCCGGCAGGCUCUGGGACGAUGGAGUCCUUCUGCCUCAGGACACCAGGAAGGUUCUCAGAAACUGCCUGGACAUCAUCAAACAGCAGCAGUAUCAGCUUUCCAUGGAGAAACUGCAAUCACCACUCCUGCGUAUGUAGAGGCUGCGAUCCAUUGUGUUCAUUGCCACAAGACUCAAUUGUUUCAGUUCAGUUCCAUGUUGUAAAAUAUUUUAAAUACAUCCUACACUUAAACUGAUGUUAAUGUUGGAAAUAAAAUAGAUUUCUAACAGAUUUCUUGUCUUUUUUUUAAUUUAUUUUCUUAUAUAUUUUAAAUCCACAAUACAAAAGCACCUCACAGGUGUUUUACAUGUAGCACUGAUUUAUUUUCCGUGUAACUUUUUUGGGGUAAAUUACGAAUGUAAAUGAAUCAUUGCAAUGUAGUUUUUUUUAUUUGUAAAACAAAAAAGAGAAUAAAAAAUGUAAAUACAUUUUUCAAAUUGCAAAACUAGUGUGUUUUUAAAUAUUUUUACUUGGAUAAUUUCACAAGUAUGCAGGGGACAUUUUAAUUCACAGCAGUACAUUUUGAUGUUUUUGCUAACGUGUUUUAACAGAAGUGAAGUAAAGCACUGUUGAGUUGAACCUAGCCCAGUUGCUUGCGCCCAAACAUUUCAUUAAUUACAUGAAAUUAGAAUAACAUUGUGUGAUUGGAUACUAGCUACUGAUUAAAUGUAGCAUGUUCUUUUUAAAUAAUAUUCUUCAAAAUCUCUCUGAGAAAAAUAAUGCUUGAAUUUAAACUUGAAGCAGGAUUCAUUUAUUUUAUCGGAAGUCUACGAGGGAAAAUGUAUUGUAGUCAGUGGUGGAAUGUAACUAAUACAUUUACACAAUACUGUUCAAAUUUGAGGCAUUUUUACCUUGACUCUUUUCAUGCCACUUUACACUUCUACUACACAACAGUUCAGAGGGAAAUAUUGUUCUUUUUAUUUUUCAAUUAUUCGACAUGCAGCUCUAGUAAUUACUUUACAAAUAAGACAAAUCGAGCAGCAAACAGUUUGCAAAGGAAUAUUAAUUAUGAUCAUGUUACAUUAUGCUUCUAAUUGCAACCGUAUUGCUUAUCAUCGAUUCCGCUCUUAAUAUUAAAUCUAUUUCAUCAUAGGUCAAACUUCAGGUGUAAGUUAUCGUAUCGUGGCUUUAAAGGAGACAUAAUGCUCAUUUUGAGGUUCAUACUUUUAUUUUGGGUUUCUACGAGAACAUGUUUAAGUGCUUUGAUGUUCAAAAAACACGUAAUACCCCCUCAUACUGUCUGCCUGAAUAUACCUUUGUUCACCCCCUUUCUGAAACGCUCCGUUUCAGCGCUUGUCUCUUGCAAAAAACAAUGUUUUUAUAUCAAUUAAUCUACACAGAAGUCAACACUUCUAGGAGACGAAGUUUCAAAUCUACUCUCCAGAAACAGCUAGUAGGAGUGUUGAGUCAUUUUUGUCAAAGCAACUACACUAUAACCGGUUGAAUAUGAUUGUUUUUAUUUGUAUUAAAGAAGAAGAAAAAUGCAAAUAGCUUUUAAAAUACAUGCUGCAAAAAUAUGAAUAUUUUUUUAUAUAUUUAAUUGUACCUCUUGCUUUAGGAUGAAGGAUCAUGUCAUGAUGAUUAACUAUAUAUAAGUGCUAAUUAUGAAAUAAAACAUUGUAAAUGGAGUAAAUGUUUUUGCUAAGGUGAUUGAACAGAAGCAACGUAAACUGUACACGGGCACUGUUUUCAUCUACCAGCUACAAGACACUGUUCAAUCGUCUUUAUGAUUUGUACAUUACAAUCAACGGACCCUGCUAGCUCCAAGCAAUCUCAGCAGCCAGCUUGAGCCCACUGUGGAAGGGAAUUAACAUGAAUAACAUGUCAUUUAAACAACAUGAUAAAUAUACCAAGGGCCUGGUGAAAGCAAUAGUGCUUACAUAUUUUACUUUUACUUUACAAAAUAAAACCACUAUUUGGAGUCCAUUUCUAAUUGUAAAAUGUGGUUGGCUGGUAGGAAAGUGAACAUGGUGUACUUUGGAUGGGGUCUUGGCUGGGCUGGGAUGAAGGUGAGGGUCAUGGCUUGUAAAUGCCGUGGAAGGUCACGGGGAUGAUGGUGUUGACCUCGGCCCUGGCCAGCUCUUUCAGUUUCAUGGCAUCCAGCACCAGCAGGAAGCCCGGUCUCUCUGCACCCGGCUUUACCACAAUGCUCAGCAGCACACCUGCAACACCGAGACAGACGGGGU